GGGCGCUGGGCGCCCCCGUGUCGUGCGCCGAGCUCGCGAGCAGCCCGACGCGGCGGGCGCCAUUUCGGGGAGCAGCCAGCGGCGCCAGCGCCGGGGCGCAGCCCGGGUCCGGGGACCCCUCGCCACGGUCGCGCUGCCCCUCGCCGGCCUGCCGCACCGGGGCUGCCCGAGCGGCCGCCUGCCACCCGAGGUUUAGGCGCCCGAGGAAGGGUUCCUGAGCCCUCGGGCCCAUCCCCCACCGCCAGCGCAGUCCGCGCCGCGGCCGGGAGCCGCCGUCGCCGCCGCGGGGCCGCCGGCGCUCGGAGGAGGACAGACAGCACCCGCCCGUGGCGCAGGUGUCCUGAAAAAUGGCUGAUGAUAUUGAUAUUGAAGCAAUGCUUGAAGCUCCUUACAAGAAGACUUGCCUAACGAUAUCUCACCUCUACUCCCAUGAAUUCACCUUUGAUUCCAGUGUGAACUGUCAAUCAUAAGGGCAGAUGGAAAUCUAUUGCUGAGUGAACGAAUUUAUGGAAAUUCUUGGAUCCCUGAAUAGAAUGUUCUUAGUAUGGAAAUAGGGAAUGUUUAGGCUGGACUGGUGGAUUAUUGAUGACUUUCUUGGGAGUCGACGUUACUAAAGCAGUGUGAAUCCCUGUUUGCUUCAGGGCGAGAUGUGUGACAGAGGUGACAUCAAGCUCUUACAACCCUCCAACGAAAAUGAGUGAAGAUCUCGGGAAUGGCAUCGGUCACAGGAAAUCCAUAGUGGCUGGCUGCUAGCAUAGCCACUGGGGCUUAGGCAGAGAUAUAGCCUUGGUACUGAUCAGAGGGGCACACAAACACAAACAUGAAACUUCCUCUUACAUUUUAUAGAAAUAACAUUUAACCACUUGAGUGCUGAAUUCUACAGGAUAACUUGCUCUCUAAACCAUGUAAGGAGGAUGAGAACAAAUUGAGCAGUGCCAAUGGCCAUGAAGAACGCAGCAAGAAGAGAAAAAAGAGCAAGAGCCGAAGUCGAAGCCAUGACAGGAAGAGGAGCAGAAGUAAGGAACGCAAACGGAGCCGAGAUCGGGAAAGGAAAAAGAGCAGAAGCCGGGAAAGGAAAAGGAGCAGAAGCAAAGAACGCAGACGCAGCCGUUCGAGAAGUAGAGAUCGCAGAUUCAGAGGCCGCUAUAGAAGUCCCUAUUCUGGACCAAAAUUCAACAGUGCCAUCAGAGGGAAGAUUGGUCUGCCUCACAGCAUCAAAUUAAGCAGACGACGUUCCAGAAGCAAAAGUCCCUUCAGAAAAGACAAGAGCCCUGUUAGAGAACCUAUUGAUAAUCUUACCCCUGAAGAGAGGGAUGCUAGAACAGUAUUCUGCAUGCAGCUGGCUGCCAGAAUUCGACCAAGAGACCUGGAAGAAUUUUUCUCCACAGUAGGGAAGGUUCGUGAUGUGCGAAUGAUUUCAGAUAGAAAUUCUAGGCGCUCAAAGGGAAUUGCUUAUGUAGAAUUUGUUGAUGUUAGUUCGGUGCCUCUGGCAAUAGGACUAACUGGGCAGAGAGUCUUGGGUGUACCAAUCAUAGUACAAGCAUCACAGGCAGAGAAAAACAGAGCAGCAGCAAUGGCAAACAAUUUGCAGAAGGGCAGUGCUGGUCCUAUGAGGCUCUAUGUGGGAUCAUUACACUUCAAUAUAACUGAAGAUAUGCUUCGAGGAAUUUUUGAGCCAUUUGGCAGGAUUGAAAGCAUUCAGCUGAUGAUGGAUAGUGAAACUGGACGCUCAAAAGGAUAUGGAUUUAUUACGUUCUCAGACUCUGAGUGUGCCAAAAAGGCCUUGGAACAACUCAAUGGAUUUGAGCUGGCUGGUAGGCCAAUGAAGGUUGGACAUGUAACUGAGCGCACUGAUGCCUCCAGUGCUAGUUCGUUUUUGGACAGCGAUGAGUUGGAACGGACUGGAAUUGACUUGGGAACAACUGGUCGCCUUCAGUUGAUGGCAAGACUUGCAGAAGGUACUGGUUUGCAGAUUCCCCCAGCUGCACAGCAGGCUCUGCAGAUGAGUGGAUCUUUGGCAUUUGGAGCUGUGGCAGAUUUGCAAACGAGACUAUCUCAGCAGAAUGAAGUUCUGGCUGCAGCUGCUUCUGUACAACCACUUGCAACACAGUGCUUCCAGCUUUCCAACAUGUUUAAUCCUCAGACUGAAGAAGAAGCUGGCUGGGAUACAGAAAUUAAGGAUGAUGUGAUUGAGGAAUGUAACAAACAUGGAGGAGUUAUCCACAUCUAUGUAGACAAAAACUCAGCUCAGGGCAAUGUGUAUGUCAAAUGUCCUUCCAUUGCUGCUGCCAUUGCAGCUGUAAAUGCAUUGCAUGGGAGGUGGUUUGCAGGUAAAAUGAUUACAGCAGCAUAUGUACCUCUUCCAACAUAUCAUAGCCUUUUUCCAGAUUCUAUGACUGCAACCCAACUACUGGUUCCUGUUCGACGAUGAAGAUGGAUUUAGUCAGUUUUGUACAUAGUUAUUUUUUGGAGGAAGAUUGAGUUAUCUUUUAUUUAGAUAAAACUAAAGGAAAGGAUUUAAUGUCACUUUGUGUACACUUCCUGCUACCUUUAAAAAUAAAAUGAAGUAAGCAGAAAUGCAGUGUGUUCAUUCUCCCUAACUAGCAUUUCCACUGUAUACAAAGCUGUUGACUUCUUGUUCUGCCUUGUAAUUCUUGUACAUUUACUAAGGUGAUCUGUAGGAACUGAGAAGUAGCUCAUAGAAAACAAGUUCUCUGUAAAAGGCAGAUGAAACAUGAUGACAUUUUUAAUGUUUCACAAGCCUUUCUUUUAACGCAGCAAUUACAUUUUACAUUUCACUAAAUGUAGGUGAUCUGCUAAAGGUUAAUACCGGAGAUAGACUUUAUGAAGGGGCAUAUUUAGUGUUUUGUAUAAAUGGAAAAUUCAAAAGGCUACUGAAAGCUGACUCUAGACAGCCACUCAGCUUGCUUUGUGCUGAAUAGCUGGUAAGAAUAGAAGGAUUGAAGGGUUUUAUUUCUUGAUGGUAACUUUUGAGUAAUGUAUCUGUAAAAGUUUCUUUGUAAAUACUGUGUGAGGUGUGUGUAAGUUUCCAAACAAAACCAUCUCUGCAUUUCCACGUAAGUUUCUAUGUAUGCAGUGUGGCACAGUUGAAGGAUCUCAGCCAAGUCUGAAAAUUGGUAGGAAAUACAGAAACAUGUUUUGUUCUGGUUGCGUAUAAUCUUUGCUCUUUUUAAGCUCUGUGAGCUCUGAAAUAUAUUUUUGGGUUACUUCAGUGUGUUUGACAAGACAGCUUGAUAUUUCUAUCAAAGACUUUCAUAUUGCAACAAUCUUUGUAAGAACCACUCAAAUAAAAUUCUCUUAAAAAGGC